AUGAGCUCCUCCUCCAUCAUAUCCCAGACCCUCCACAGGAAGCGGCCCACCUUCAGCUUCACCACCUCCGCCCCCUCCCUCCCCCUCUCCAGCACCGACUCCUCCUCCUCCUCCUCUGCCUCCGCCGGCCUCCGCCGCCGCCUCUCCUCCAUCUCCUUCUCUCUCCCCGCCGCCUCCUCCUCCGCCUCCUGGGCCCUGCAGCGGUCCAAGUCCCUCCCUGCCAUCGGUGCCCAGACCUGCUCCUCCGUCAAGCGAUGGUGGGACUCCGCCUGGGCCUGGGUCCUCUCCCGGAAACCCGCCUUCGCCAAGGACCUCGAAAUGAACGAGGAGGAGACCAAGCUCGUCGGCUCCUCCGGCCGGGGCAGCUGGAGGCACGUCUUCUACAAGGCCCGGGCCGAGCUCCGGAAGCUCGUCGGCUCCGACCACGUCGGCCUCCCCCAGACCUGUAGGUACGACUCCUUCAACUACUCCAAGAACUUCGACGACGGCCGGCCGAGGUUCCACAGCUGA